CCUGGUCACUCUGCAGCUGCACUCGAUAAUUUUGAUUUGGCGUCCCACGGUUUCUUGUGUUUAUUUUUUUGGUUUUUCCCGUGACCGCCAGAAAAAUGUAUAAUAUUUUUUAUAAGGUUACAUAAGUGCGUGUAACGAAAAGCAAAAUUGCUCGAAACCAAAAAGUUCCUGUACUUGGCCUACGAAUUACAGAAAGUAAGCAACUAAAUUUGUGGAACGUUAUGCCAGGCAGCAGAAUUGGCAGAGCCCCCGGACGAAACCCAUUGAUUGUAGCACACUUAGCCCGCACACCACCACCACCAUCCGCCGCACCUCCGCGGUCUCAAUCGCUAGUGAUUAGUGACAGACUAGACUAGUCGUCGCGUUAGUUUAGAAUUCCCGCCAUGCUGUGCGGUGCCCUUGUCCGCGGUCCCGUCCACAAGACGGCCAUCUACCGCAGCUUGUCCGAGCUUCUCCCCAGCCCGGUGGCGGUGUUGGGUCACGAUGUCCGCUGCCUCUCCGCCGGAAGAGGCGUCGUAUGUAAGCAGCCAAUCCCAACGCUGCCGCAACCAGCCCACCGACGAGAUCUCCUCUCGAUUCCCCGGACCCGGGCGGAGAGUCACUCAAAAUUAGCAGUACGAUCUCUACACUCGGAGAACGACGCCAUGUUCUACUCGAUGUACGCCUACCUGUCUAACCUGCCGCGACUCCAUGUCCUGGGCAUGGCUAUGGUGGCCUAUGUGGUCUAUUAUCUAAUCCAGGUGGUCAAGCGACCGAUUAUCGCUUGUUCGGACGGGCCGUUCAAGCAGUAUCUGAUCCGCCAGGUGCCGACGCUGGAGAACAAGUACUGGCCCACAUUCUGGUGCGUGGAGAGUCGUGCCCAGACCGUCCUUGCGAGCCUGCUGCGCUCCAAGAGUCUGCCGCGCGUCAACUACCGCCGCGAGAUCCUCCCCUUGAAGGAUGGUGGAGAGGUGGCGCUGGACUGGAUGGAGGAGGGUUGCGAUGAGCGCGCGCCCUGCAUCCUCAUUCUGCCGGGCCUAACCGGAGAGUCUCAGGCGGAGUACAUCAAGUGCCUGGUCUUUGCCGCCCAGCAGGCGGGCAUGCGGGUGGUGGUGUUCAAUAACCGCGGCCUCGGCGGCAUCGAGCUGAAGACACCGCGCCUCUACUGUGCCGCCAACUGCGAGGACCUGUGCGAGGUGAUCCAGCAUGUGCGUCGCACCCUGCCGGCACAGUGCAAACUGGGUGCCACGGGCAUCUCCAUGGGCGGCUUGAUCCUCGGAAACUACCUGGCCCGCAAAAGCGAUGAGGCCAGGAGCAUUCUGUCGGCGGCAAAGAUCAUCUCGGUGCCGUGGGACGUGCACAAAGGCAGUGCCAGCAUCGAGAAGCCGGUGAUCAACAGCCUGCUGGGACGCCAUCUGGCCGGCAGUCUGUGCCGCACCUUGAGCAACCACCUGGACAUAUACCGUGAGAUAUACCAGGACUCGGACAUCGAUAUCCAGCGCAUACUGCGCUGCAAGACCAUCAAGGAGUUUGACGAGCUGUUCACUGCCAAGCAGUUCGGCUACGCCCACGUCAACGACUACUACUCGGACGCCACGCUGCACAACAAGCUGGACCACAUCUCGGUACCGCUGCUCUGCCUGAGCGCUGCGGAUGAUCCGUUCCAGCCGCUGGACGCCAUUCCCAUCAAGGCGGCCAAUCAGUGCACCCAUGUGGCCAUUGUGAUUACGGCACGGGGCGGCCACAUUGGUUUCCUGGAGGGAUGGUGGCCCUCCACCAAGGACCAGUACAUGGGACGCCUCUUCACAGAGUACUUCACCAAGGCUCUGUUCGACGAGGAUGGCGAGUUUCAGCACACGGCCAACAAGAUGCACGAACGCUUCUUGGCCAAACAGACGGUGGCUCUCGCUGCAUCCUCCUCCUCCUCGUCAUCGUCGCCCUUGCUGCUGAACAAGAAGUUGGACGCUGGCACGCUGGACCACAAGGUGAAGCUAAUGUAAUGGAGUCGGCUGCUGGUAAUGUUCCAAUAGGGUUUCCUCUUAGUCUAGACCAAAAAUUCAUAGUUAUCUGCGUAUGUAUUCCGAUAAAAUUCCGCGAAACAUGUGAUAUGAUGAAACGCUGAUCAAAAUCCAAAGUGUUGUACUCUCUAGGGCAGCGAAACAACAGGGCUUAGACGCUUAAAUUAUUUUAGAACGUGACUUAGUGACAUAUCAAGUUGAAAUAGCGAAACAGCUUUACGAUUCGUAGUGGUAAAUUCAAAUACAUAUAGUAAUAUAUAUGACACAAUGCAAUAAUCUUAUAUUUUUACAAGUUCCGUAUAUUUAUAACUAAUAAAAAUACAACGCUUAAUAAAGAGAGAAUAAUAAAACACA